AUGGAUACUAACUCAAAGAAGUUAUUAUUUCAACAUUAUGGAUAUCAAAUACAAACUUUAAUUCAACAACAUGAAAAAUUAGAAUUAAAUGUACAAACUUCAAAUAAUAGACUUAUAAUUGAUAAUUUAUCAGAUGAAGAAGAUUAUAAAGAUAAUUAUGAACCAAUUCAAAUCAUUGAUGUAUUAAAUGAUCAAGAUUCACAUUCUGUCAAAACUGUAAACCCACAACAAAGAGGUAUUCAAGGUUUUAAUAAUUUUGAAAAGCAACCAUUAUCAUUUAGAUCGAAAGAAGAAAACAUUAAAAAAAUUGAAUCGAGUUGGUUAUUAAAACAAAUAUUAUUAUCCAUUAAAUUUCACAACAAGAAAUUUGAACCAGUUAUUAAAAAAAAUUUCAACAGUCAAGAUCAAUCAAUAUGUUUAAGAUUUAUUGAGUUUGGCAAAGAAUCUUCACAAAAAGAUAUAACAGCAAUUAUGUCUGAUCAAACUCAUAAAAUAUGCUGUAUAUUUCCCAAGAAACAUUUGUUAAAUUACAUAAGUAAAGGAAAUAUAAAAUUUGAUAAUCCAUUUACUAUUUUGAACUUUAUGUUGAUCAAGAAAUCAAAUUUGAAAUUCACAAAUAUCAAUUUUAUAAAGAAACAUUUUAAAUUUGAUGUUGAUAAAAAUUUAAAAUAUUGUAUUUUAGAAAUAAUUGAAUUUGAAUAUUUACAUAGUGUUAAAUCAGCAAUAACCAAAAAAGUAAAAGGAGAUGAACCAGAAUAUACAAGAAUUAGUAGUAGUGGGAAUGAACAAGAGAUAGAAUCAGAAGAAGAAUUUGAUCCAUAUACUGAAUUUGAAUCUGAUGAUGAAUCUUAUUUUAAAAUUGAAAACUUAAAGUUAAUUUAUAACAAUGAAUUAUAUAGAAGACUUUGUUUGAAUCAAAAAAAUGUGAAGUAG